AUGUAUGCGGACGAUUUACUGCUUUACGUCACCGGGAUUCUGGGGCGAGAAGCUUCUGAGCUGCUGAAAUUGGCUUGUAAGCAACUGACUCCCCGGUUGGAGAGGCUCGGGCUUUCCAUAUUGACCCCAAAGUCACAGCUCUGUGUCUUUUCAAGGGGCAGGGGAGGGGGUCGUGGCAUUUCGAUUAGGAUCAAUGGAACAGUUGUUCGGAGUCAAUGCACCCUCAACUACUUGGGUAUAAUAUUAGAUCAAAAAAUGAAUUGUAUCGCUCACAUUAGGGCGAUCGCCGCCAAGGCAUCAAGAGCUCUUAACAUUCUCAGGGUGAUUGCAAGAAUCUCCUGGGGCGCCUUGCCCUCCCUUCUGCUCACCGUUCAUAGGGGACUGAGCAGGGUGUGCUUGGAGUGGGGGGCCCCACUUUUCUUCAGAGCUAGAGCAACCGCGCUGAGAAUGUUGGAUACGAUCCACCAUGCCUCUCUGAGGGUUGCUUUGGGGUGUAUGAGCUCCACUCCCAUCUCUGUGCUUCCGUCGGAGGCUGCCGAGACUCCAUUGUCGUUACGUCGCUCGCUUCUCGUGAACAGGUUCAUACUGCGUAACUUCUGCUGGAAUGCGAGCCUGUUGGCAAGGAAAUUGGAGGACUUGACCACUGAUGCAUGCACUAGGGGUUUCAGGGUGAAUCCGGAGAAGGUCGUCCUACUGGCUGCCUAUGGCGCGAUGGGAGCUUUUAUAGGGGCGUUGGAUUGCUCGGAGCGGCCGGGUUAUUUUGACGAUUCCUGGGGGGAAUCCAGGGACUACCUGGGUUUUCACGGAUGGAUCGGUGGACCCGAGCUUGGGGGUGGUUGGAUGUGGAUACUACAUCUCCUCAGGAAACCGUAG